CUCCUAACCUCUGUCUUGGCAGAUGAAGGGCCAUAUUUCGCGUCCGAUUUGUACGAACAAGGUCGGAUGGGACAAUGGCCCAUUGAGGCCUACCGUUCGACUUCCACUGUGGGUGCGGCCGUCAAUUUCAUGGAAUAUAGCCCUCAAUGCAAAGAUGGUCAAUACUACUUCAUCUCUCCCCGCGGGUAUAGCGUCCAUAAGCCCGGGCCGAUGAUCCUAGACCAGGACGGUCAUUUGGUCUGGACGGAGCCCUUGGGACAUACCUAUAAUCUCAAUGUCUAUCAAUAUAAGGGCCAGGAUUAUCUGACAUUCUGGCUGGGCGACGAUGGCAAGGUGGGACACGGGGAGGGGACGUAUUAUAUGCUGGACUCAUCCUAUAAGACAGUAUACACCCUCAGUGGCGCGAAUGGUCUCAAAGCAGAUCUCCACGAGUUCCAUAUCACCCUCGAUGAGACUGCAGUCUACACGAUCUAUGACGUUCGCCCUGCCGAUAUUCGCGUCGCUGGCGGUCCUGAACAUGGCUGGAUUUGGGAUGGCACAUUCCAAGAAGUUGAUAUCGAGACGAACAAACUUCUCUUCGAGUGGCGAGCAUCGGAGCACUUCGACUUCACCGACGUUUAUCGAGGUCGUGACGGCACGGGGGAUAGCGAGGAACACCCAUGGGACUUCUUCCACAUCAACAGCGUCGACAAGGAUUCAAAGGGGAAUUUCCUGGUGUCAACACGCUAUGGUAACUGCCUGCUUUACAUCGACGGACGCACUGGCGACACCAUCUGGACGCUGGGCGGCAAGCACAACAACUUUACCGAUCUCUCGGGCGGCGCAGCCACCAAUUUCACCUGGCAACACCAUGCUCGCUUCCGCAACAAUGGCACAUCUAUCACCCUCUUCGACAACUCCUCUCGCGGCAGAGGCGCUCCCUCAUUACCGAGCCGAGGCCUUUACCUCGAUGUUGACCAAGAAAAGAUGACUGUCCAAGUUCGACAUGAAUACUGGAAUUCACACCCUAUACGCAGUCAAUCCCAAGGCUCCGUCCAGAUUCUUGACAGCGGCAACGUCCUCGUCGGCUACGGCUUCAGCGCCGCAUGGACCGAGUUCACCAUGGACGGCGACAUUCUGUGCCACGCGCACUUCGCACCCAAACGAGACUUCAGCAAAGGCAAGGUCGUCUCCUUCCGCACGUUCAAACACCCCUGGGUCGGCAACCCCAACACCAGGCCCGACUUCGAAGUAUACAGCUAUCACGCCGCAGUGAGCUGGAACGGCGCCACCGAAGUCGCAACCUGGGUCCUGGAAGGCGCUGACAGCAAGAAAUCGACCGACUUCAUCUUCAUCACCGCUGUUCCGAAAGACGGGUUCGAAACCGUCAUCCCCAUUCCCAAGGACGCGAAGUAUAACUACCUUCGUGCCCUCGCAUUAAACUCAACCGGUCACACCCUCGCCUCAAGCAAGGUCGCAAGAUGGGAUCCCUUCUCCGAUGAAGCAGUCGUAAUCAGUGGCGUCAGUGAUGAUGACGACGACGAUGACGACGAUGAUACCGAGCCCUUUUACAAACUGCGUACGUUCUUGUUUGUCCUGAUCGGCUUUUUCUCGGCGGCUGUGUUGGCUGCCUGUGUAUGGUUCGUGAAACGCCACCUCGCGUCUCGGGCGGCGAGUCAAGGUCCCAGUGAUAAAGAACAAGGUGUUUUCAAGCCUUUGAGUCGCUUCAGUAUAGGUGAGGAUUCGAGUGAUGCGGAGGCGGAAGAUGAGGUCGAGUUUUCUGCCCUGUUAGGGGACCGGAGAUUGGAUUCGCAUUCGGACUUGGAGAUGGGGAAGAGUAAGGAUGAGGCGAGUAAACGAUGAAAUUUCAUCUUUACUGCGCAUGCUUGCUAAGGGCAUGUCUGAUAUUGAACGUCUCAUUGUACUACUAGUAACCUUUUGCUGUAUAGACGAAGAAAUCCAGC